AUGAAUUCCGGUGGAGACGGCGUAUAUCCUUUCAGCAGCGGCACAGCUCCGCCUGCUUGUUCCCAAGUUAACUGGACUGCAUCAGUGAAUGCGACAAAUUCUGUCCAACAGCGGUCAUCCUCAGUGGUGUCGGUCCCAUAUUCAUCUUCUCAGUCGUCUUCACAGCCUCCCAUUGUUAUGAGAACUCGAAUAUCACCUUCUGGCAUAACAAUCGUUAGUGGGCUUCAAAAUCAAGACUCACAGCUACAGCUUGCUCCAGAACAAGUAAAGGACUGCUACGCUUCCCUCCUCGGACUUGCAGAGUAUUUUCGCAAAUCAAGUCCGCCUAACAUUCGUUUGGCUAUUCACUGUCUUAAGUCAAUACUUUGCUAUAAGCUUCCUGUCAACUAUGAAGCCCGCACACACUUGCAGCUUGGCAAAAUGCUUUUUAUGUACAGCAAAAAUGAUGAUUUAAUCAAACAGCAUUUGGACAAAGCCCGAGUUCUUGGUGCUCAUCUGCGCGCACCUGAUGAUUUAAUUAAAUUCGAGGCCGCUGAUCUACUUGCUGACUUUUUUGAAAGAAAGGGCAAGAGAUAUGCGGCAACAUGCAUCCUGGACGAUACGAUGCGGCUUUCUCUUGAUAAUCCCUACUGGCAUUGUCGAUUACUACUGAAAAGAGCUCAAGCUUGUGUUGCUGACAGGGAUGUAAACUCAGCAUGCGAGCUGCUUGCAAAGGGCUCUGAAUUCGCCCAGAGCCACAAUUCUGAGUAUACUCGCGGAUUGUUUCUCCUAAGCAAAUGCAUGCUGUUGCUUGCAAGUCGACAAUUACCAGAGGUAACAAACACACUUACAGUGGCUAACCGCUUAAUUGAAAACCUCAACGGCACUGCUUAUCAGCGGGAAGCCUUGCGGCUCUUCUAUCUCAUCAUCUACGUCUCUCUCUAUCUUCUCGCCGGUCGCGCCAAGUCGGCUCACCCCAUCCUCAGGCAACUGCAGCAGAGUAUUCAAUUUUUCGCGUCCAUGGAAGAAAUAGAUGUUUCAGCGACACAGGAGGUGGAUCGUUUCCAAUGGAUGCCUCGGGAGUACACAAUUAUCCUUAUUUACUUGAUCACUGUGACGCAGAAUAUGCAAUCUGGCUCCUUGCAACGCGCACAGCAUGCCGCAGAAAAGGCCUUCUUGAGGAUAGAAAAGCUCUCCGACUUUGACACGAAUCCACUGCUCACUGUCUUCCAGCUCAGCCUUCUCGAGCACACCAUCAUGUGCCGCUUGGUGAUGGGAGACAAGACGAAGGCCGUGGAGGGUGUCGGUCAGGCCUGCAAACUGUGCCACGCCUCACCCGCCCUGAUGCACCGGCGCCGGCCUCAACUGCACACUCUCAUCGGUCUCUACGCCAUGUCCAUGAACUGCAUGAAUCAAGCCGAGGAGCAGUUCAAACUUGCCCUCAGAUACAUUGCCAGUUCCCAGCCGGGGCCGAGUGCGCGUGUACCCGGUUCCGUGCCACCGCUGUCCUCUUCCGCAGCAUCCGGAGUGCCUGCCAGCGGAUCAGUUGAUUCGGCAGCUGCUGACCUGGCCUCCACCCUCUCCGGCGGACCAAGGGACUCCCUCACUGUCCUUAUCUGCCUCAACCUUGCUCUCGUUUACAUUCGGAAAAGCGACAAUAAGGCGUGCGAGACGCUGCUGGAUGAGGUCUCGGCGUCGGGCCUGCAGGCGCUGGAGGGGUGCUUCUGUCUGCGGGCGGCGGCGGCCUACGUGCGCGGGUUUCUGGCCUUCUUCGAGGGACGCCUGAAGGACGCCAAGGCCAGCCUCCGCGAAGCCGUUCGUCUGAGUCACGAGGAGGAACUCAAUCGCCUCUCCACCUCCGCCUACAUCACGCUUGGGCAGAUUAAUCUCAACGAGAGAAAUAUUUCCGAGGCCCAUGAAAUGAUAACAAAGUCGAUGGUGGUGGCCAAAAAGCUCCCUGACAUUGGCAUUCAGCUGUGGGCGACGGCACUCCUUAAAGACCUCGCGAAUCUUCGGGGAGCGGCUGAAGAGGAGCGUCACUGGUUCACUGAGCACGACCAGUUCUCCAAGAUGGUAAUCAAUGACCACAUGCAGGCUAACAGCUCGCUCGAACACAGUCUUAUUAAUGUAAGCAUUGCUUUCUUCUGUUCGAAAAAUUUCCACACUGUUCAAUAA